AUGUCUCUGCAAGUCGAGGACCACCGAAGAACUCGGUCGCGUUCUCCGGGCCGACGCGAACGCAGCCGCAGCAGAAGCCGCGGCCCUCCUCUGGUCAUUGAGACUGACCCCUACGCCGAGAGGGAAAGAGAACGCACAUAUGAACAUGAGGAGCGCCGCUCCUACCAUGCGCCCCCCUCACCCAGCGACGAUGCCUAUUAUCGCACCCCAAGGAGUCCUGCCCACGAGAAUGGCGCGCGGACGUCCUACGGCGACCUGAGGUACGACAACGAAUACCGCAGGGACAGCCCGAGGGAUAGGCACUCGGACUCGGACAGGGAGCGUGACAAGGACCGCGACCGCGACCGUUCUGGGCUGGUGGACGCCUUCCUGCCGCAGAAGUAUGCCAAGAAGCUCGAGAGCUCCGACGCCUACAACUUCAUGACAGCCCCCAUCUCCGACAAGUCCAGGGAGCGGUCGCGUGACCGCCGCGCCCAGAAGAAGGAGAAGCUCGAGGAGGACCUCGCCUACGGCAAGCUGCACUCGCCGCCCACCAAGGACGUCCGCCCCGUGUCUCCGCGCCACUCGCCCUCGCCCUCGUAUGACUAUGGCAAGCCGCCGCAGCAGUGGGAGUACGAGAAGGACGAGAGGCUGUCCUCGUAUUCGCGGGAUCCUAGGCACAGCUCUGAUGCCCUUGGCGUUGGGCACGGCAGCUCCAGCCGGGCGCGCAGCCGGAGCCCUGCGCCAGGGCACUCGAGGGGUGACAGUGACCGUGACAGGCAUAGGGAGAGAAAGUCCCAUUCCCAUAGGGACUCACUCACAGUCGACCCUCGCGGCUCGUCGGCGAGCGUCGUCACGGUCGAGCCGGGUGAGGCGCCCCGCAAGAGCGCCAUGAAGCGGUCCUCGUCGCCACAGCCGCCCGUGAACAGGAUGUCGUCGCUCUCAGUGUCGACGCCGUACAACCCAGGAAACCUCUCCGUGUCCGCUGCCCCCGCGUCGCCGCUCCUGGAGUCGUACCAUGGAACGUACCAGCAGGCCUCGCCGAUGCCCUCACCGCUGCUCCUCCCAACCCACCACGCGAAUGACCCACAGAUCAUGGACAUCUCGCCGAUCGGUUCGGAGGACGAGCGCAGCGGGGGCAAGCGGCGGUCGCGGCGGGCACGGUUCGCAGACCCGGAGGACGACGCGCAGCGGCUGGCGGACGCGCUCAAGGGCAGCAAGCCGCCCAAGACGGAACCGCUGAUCGAGAUCCUGCCGGGGAUGACGCACGAGCAGAUCAUGGACCUGCGGGCCGAGUACAAGCGGCUGGUCAAGACGGGCCCGGAGCGCAAGGGCGUCAACGUGGCCAAGCACGUGCGCGUGCGGCUCAAGGACGAGGACCCGUCGCUGAUGAAGGCGUGCUACGCGACGGCGCUGGGGCGGUGGGAGUCGGAGGCGUACUGGAGCAGCUUCUGGUACCAGGGCGACAAGACGCGGCGGGAGCUGCUGAUCGAGAGCCUGAUGGGGCGCACCAACGACGAGAUCCGCGCCGUCAAGGACGCGUUCAGCGACAAGAAGUACGGCGACAGCCUGACGCGGUGCAUGAAGCAGGAGCUCAAGGAGGACAAGUUCAAGAAGGCCGUGCUGAUGGUGCUGGACGAGCAGCGCAUGGACGAGGUCGACUCCCACGGCCACCCGCUGCGCAUCGACCACGACCUCGUCGAGAGCGACGUCCACGCCCUCCACCGCGCCGUCAAGGCCGACAAGGGCGGCGAGAGCGCCAUGAUCGCCAUCGUCGUCAUGCGCAGCGACAGCCACCUGCGCGAGAUCCUGAGGGUCUACAAUGAGGAGUACCGCGCCAACUUUGCGAGGGACGCGCUCAAGAAGAGCGGGAACCUGGUGGGCGAGCUCCUCGCGCACAUCCUCAACGGCGUCAUCAACAAGCCCGUCCGCGACGCGCUGCUGGUGCAUCACGCGCUGACGGCGUCCAAGAAGGACGGGCUGCGCCGCGAGCUGCUGACGUCGCGGCUGGUGCGCUUCCACUGGGACCGCCACCACAUGGCGGCCAUCAAGCGCGCGUACCGCGAGCGCUACGGCAAGGACAUGAUGGAGGCCGUGCGCGACGGCACGUCCGGCGAGUGGGGCCAGUUCUGCCAGGAGCUGUGCAUCUCGAGAAUGCCCGACGAUGUCAAGAGGGUCGAGAGGAUACAGCUUUCGAGGUGA